AUGCAAAGAUUUGUAAGCAUGCUCGUUUCCAAACGACGAACACCUACCAAAUUUCAAGAAAUUUUCCCCAAAAAACGUACCAUUAAUAGGAUUUUGUUCCAGUUAGAUACGAGGCUCACAUAUCGUGAAAUGUACCCAAUAUUUGUACAGAUAUCACAAUCAAGUACUGAAGAGAAAAUUCCUUGGAAAAAGAAAUAUCCAUAUAUAAAGAGUUCAGACCUUAUUCAGAUGCGAAAUGUCUUGAUCACUUUAAGAAUGCAAAAUAAAUUCGUUCAUAAAAAUUUGCUGGCUAUGGAGGAUAAGCUAUUGAACUUUGCAGCCGAACUGGGCAACAAUGACGCCAUUUCAAUCCUGAGCUUCAAUGCGAUACAACAACAUGACAAGGGCAACGCCAAAUAUUAUGAUCAAAAUGACGUUGAAACUGCUGAUAGAUUUAUAAAGGAGUUAUAUGCACGCAACCAUCACUUAACAAUCAAAUUGAUAGGAGAUUUUUUCCUCAAAAAUAAGGCUGAGAGUAAGGCUGAGAAAUAUUAUAAAGAAUUUCUGAAACUGGAGAGUAAUACUAAAUUGGCUGGGGAAGUGUAUGGGAAACUUGGGGAAAUUCAAAUAAAACAAGUCAACGGUUUUUUAAGGGCAGAAAAGUCAUGGUUGGAAUGUAUAAGAUUGUUGGAACUUGAGAGAAGUUCACGUUGGUACUUUCUGUUGGCGAAGUUAUACCUCAGCUCAGAGCCGCUGAGAGCAAAACCGCUGCUAGAAAAAUGCGCAUCAAUUGGAUUUAAAGAAUCUUUCAAAACAUUGGGUUUCAUUGAGCUAAAUUAUUUUCAGAAUUAUGAAAGAGCGAAAGAAUGGUUUAAAAUAGGCUUGGAAAUAAUGGAUUUGGAAUGUUUUCUCGGAUUUUUUGAUUGUUGCCUGAAAUUGAAGGAUACUAGCAGUGCCAGAAAUUGCCUGGAAAGUCUAAAGAAAUUGGAGAGUAACAACAACCAAAGAGCAAUAAUUAACACCUUUCUAGAAAGCAGAAAAGAAUCCAUGAAAUUACUUGAAAAAGCAUGA